GAACGCGUCGCGGCGACGCCGUCGGCGAACGCGCGCGUGGACGUCCGCGGUCUCGACGUCCCGUCGCGGCGUCGAACGCGUCGACGACGACGGCGAACGCGCACGUGCGCGUGAACGCGGUCACGUACGCCCCCGCCGGGUCUGGGGCGACCGUGAUCGAGCGCGCGACGGUCGCGCUCGCGAAGCGCGGAUUGCAUCUCGUCGUCGGGCGCUCGGGGAGCGGGAAAUCCACCCUGCUCGCCCUUCUCGCCGGACUCGCGGAGCCGACGUCGGGGACGAUCGCGAUCGGCGACGCGGACGCGUCGACCACCGCGGCGGGACGACGCGCGCGGGUCGGGAUGGUGUUUCAGUUCCCGGAGCGGCACUUUUUGGGACGCACGGCGUUGGAGGAACUCACGUUCGGGUGGCCGGCGAACGCGCGCGCGUUCGCGACGCGACGGACGUUGGCGGUGGCGAUGAAUGCGGCGUUGCGGGCGGUGGGGAUGGCGGACGUGGCGCUGGAUACGGAGGUGCGGACGCUGAGCGGGGGGUAUAAGCGGCGGUUGGCGUUGGCGAUUCAGCUCGCGCGGGAUCCCGAGGUGCUGUGCUUGGACGAACCGUUGGCGGGGUUGGAUUGGCGCGCGCGCGCCGAGAUCACGGCGGUGCUGAAUGAUUUGAAGCGAGAUCGAUGCGUCGUCGUGGUCUCGCACGACGUCGAGGAGAUCUCGCCCAUCGCCGACGCGGCGUUUCGCAUGGGACCGCUCGGGCGCUUGGAAGACGUCUCGGACGAGUUGGCGGGCGCGCGCGCGCGCGCGUUCGGCGCGGCCUCCGACGAGUUCGCCGCGUUCGAUUGA